UUUCGUGCUCUGUUCUUCCAUCUGCAAUAACCACCACACCCCCUCGCAAAACAGAGGAAAGAAGGGAAAAAAAAAAACAGAGAAGAACCACCACAUACUCAAAUUACUAGAGAGAGAGAGAGAGAGAGAGAGAGAGAGAGAGAGAGAGAGAGAGGGUGUGCGUGGGUGCUUUUCAUGGUGAACCACUGGCCAUCUUGAUGAAGUUGUUGUAUUAGAGUUGGUCUCUGAUUGAUUGCCGAAUCGAUCUUCCUUUGUGUUUUUCGGUACCUUAAGAUUCGAGAGCUCUGGCAUUACAAACGGGGAAGUGAUUCUAGUCUGGCGAAAACGGGAACGGGGUCGCGAGUUUUUUUGGCUUAGAGAAGAAGAUAGUAUGUAAGUUGGUAAAGAUUUGGCACAAGGGGUUCUUUUGUUUGCUUUUUUGGGGGGCUAUCUGUCGAGUGUUGUUGGGGCUGGGAAUGAGCAAAAUAUAAUGGAUUUCUGGCCAGAGUUUCAUGCGAGCAAUUGGGGUAGGGAAUUUGUGGCCGGUGGGUUCGGCGGGGUUGCGGGUAUUUUAUCCGGUUAUCCGCUCGAUACGCUCCGGAUUCGGCAGCAGCAGUCGAGGUCCGGCUCUGCCUUCGGCAUCCUUCGCGGCAUCGUCGGCAAUGAGGGGCCGGGUGCUCUUUAUAGAGGCAUGGGUGCACCCUUGGCUACUGUCACUUUUCAGAAUGCCAUGGCUUUUCAAGCCUACGCUAUCCUAUCCCGAGCUUUUGAUGCAUCUGGGUCUUCCCAAGAUCCUCCUUCCUACAAAGGAGUCGCUUUAGGAGGCGUCGGCACCGGUGCCCUGCAAAGUCUCAUACUAACUCCCACUGAAUUGGUUAAGAUCCGCCUUCAGUUGCAGGAGAGAGCCUAUGCUAAUUCCCAUAAGCUACAUAACCGCCAUAAUGGACCGAUGAGUGUUGCCAAAAGCAUAUUUCAGAGAGAAGGAUUAAGAGGUAUGUACCGCGGCUUGACGAUCACUUUGCUUCGAGACGCGCCAUCCCAUGGGGUCUACUUCUGGACGUACGAGUAUAUGAGGGAGAAGCUCCACCCUGGAUGCAGAAAAGAUGGUCAAGAGAGCUUUAGGACGAUGAUUACAGCGGGAGGCCUAGCAGGAGUUGCAAGUUGGAUCUGUUGCUAUCCCUUAGACGUCGUGAAGACGAGACUGCAAGCUCAAUCCCACCUCUCGCCGGUGCAAUACAGUGGGAUAGUCGAUUGUCUGUGUAGAAGUGUGAAAGAGGAAGGUUACGGCGUGCUGUGGCGAGGCCUAGGAACUGCUGUUGUCAGAGCUUUCUUUGUGAAUGGUGCGAUUUUCACUGCUUAUGAACUCGCUCUCAGGUGCUUCUUCAACAACGAGAGUAGCAUCAGCAUCCAACGAGAGAGUGCAAUCUGGGAAAACUAGUGGAUGCUUCGCGUUGUCGGCCAUCACUAGAGGCUAUCUAGCUGCUGGCAAGUGUUAUUACAUAGGUGUAAAGAGAUGAAUUUGUACAGGAUUACUUUCAUAGGAUUGCAGUAAUAUUACUCUUAGGGGAUGAACUUCACAUGGUUAUUGCUA